AUGAAACAAGAAAUCUCAAAAAUUAAUCAGUCAAGCCAUUACCCUCUACCCCAAAUAGAAGGCCUUUCUGCAAUUACAUAUAGAUCCAAUGAAAAAUCCAUAUAUUCUGGAGAAAAGCCUUUAGGAUAUAGUGAAGAAAUCGUAUAUCAGCCUCUUAAGCUGCUGAAACAAAUUGAAAAUAUAGAAGUUUCCUAUGUUUGGCGCUGUAAGGCCGAUAAAUUCUGAUCGGAAUUUAUCGGUUGGUUGCACCAAAUCAAUGCCUUGGUCGGACCAAAAGCGAUUUGGUCCGACGAACUUGGAAAGCUCCUGGGAAAAUGUCUGCGCUUUCAGCGCUAUAUAGAGGAAACCUCUAUAGAUAUAUUGGGGCAAAGCAAGUCAAAGGACUCAGCAGAUGUGAUGGGCUGUCUUGGGUCCCACCAGACAGCGAUUUUAGAGAAAGUAUAUUUACAGAUCUAUUAUAUGAAUAUUCCGAAGGUGGAGAAAGCAAAUGUGAAAUUUUGAUGGUCGUUGCAAUGUAUAAUGAAGAAGUUCAAAAUUUCAAAGACACAAUGCUUGGAAUCGCUUCUAACAUUGAAGACUUUCGAAAAGUCGGGCUUUCCCCUGAACAGCUCUGCGUUGUUGUGAUUGUGGAUGGAAUAAAACCUUUUAUGGAAACUUUCAAGAGACAAAGAAGCUUUUUUUCUCAAUUUUUUAAAGAAGAGAAAAUUAAAGAAUUUUUCCAUGUUGACAAUGUUUUAAAUUGCAGAUUGCCUGAUGAGCAAGACGAAGAUGAAUUCGCGCAUUGCUUCUUCCAAAAAGCUUAUUUUGAUACUUCAGAAGCCCCACUCCAGCUUAUUUUCUGUGUAAAACAGAAAAAUAGGAGAAAGCUUAACAGCCACUUAUGGUUUUUUGGGGGAUUUUGUGAGAUGAUCAACCCUAAGUACUGCAUUUUGUUGGACGUCGGAACAAAGCCGCUUCCUAAAUCCCUCUUUUACCUCUACGAAGCUAUGAAGACAGAUGAUAGAGUUGCAGGCUGCUGUGGUGAAAUCAGACCUAUGGACCCAAAUUAUUGGAAACUAGUUGUCGGCGCCCAAGUUGUUGAAUAUAAAUUUUCUCACAUUUUCGACAAGGCUCUGGAAAGUGUCAUCGGUUACAUUUCUGUCCUUCCAGGUGCCUUUAGUGCUUAUGUAUGAGAGGCGUUACAAGGCGAGCCUUUAUGGGAAGACUACUUUAAAUCUCUUUGCCAUCCUGAGCUUAUGGACGCCUUUCACUCAAAUAUUUAUUUAGCAGAGGAUCGCGUGCUUUGCCUUUCUCUUGUCAGCAAAGCCAAGCACAGCUAUAGCCUGAGUCUCCUUUUGGCUCGGGCUAUCCCGACGUCUCUCGCCGUUGGAAGGGGAGUUAGUUCUACCAACAAUCGUUGGUAAAGCCAGCCUCCCUAGUGGACAAUCUCCAAUAUAUAACUUUUUUGUAGUCAAGAAAUUGGUUUCACCAACAAUUUUGGUAAAACCAGCUCCCCUUCUGAUGCCGGGAGACUUCGGCAUAAUCGAGUCAAAAGGAGACUGAAGUUAUACAUUUUACGGUAUGUUAAAAAAUCAAUUGCAGAGACUGAUGUACCUGAAAAUAUAUCUGUUCUAAUGGCUCAGAGAAGAAGAUGGAUCAACGGAUCCUGGUUUGCUUUGAUUGACUCAAUCAAAAAUGCAAGGAAAGUAUUUUAUUCAGGACAUGGGAGAUGCAGGAAAAUUGCAAUCAUUAUGCAGAUGGGGUAUUAUUGCAUCAAUGUGGUGUUUCAAUGGUUUUUGUGUGCUUCUUUCUUUUUAGCAUUUGCAAUUUCGAUUAGACGAGUUUUUCCAAAUGAAACAAAAGAUUCAAAUUUGGCAGGGUUUGGGAAUUGGCUGAUUUUAUUUUAUGUCUGGCUUAUGAUAGUGUCAGUAAGUCUGUCGCUCGGUGUAAAGCCAAGAAGAGUUGAUGAUAUUUUUAAGUACUUAGCCAUUUGUUUUGGGUUCUACAUGAUGUUUAUCACAAUUCUUCAGCUGAUGUUUUUGUUUAGUCACAGUAUUACUUACAGCUGGGUUGGGCCUUUGAUGAUCGUUUCUGUAAGCUUCUUUGCAAUUAAUGUUGUAGCAUUUUGGGCUUGCAUCCCUGUGCUGAAAGGGGUCAUCCACUUUGUCUUUUUAUCUCCUUCGUACGUCAACAUAUUUUUGGUUUAUGCAAUGUGUAACAUUCAUGAUUGCUCAUGGGGUAGCAGACCAGAUCAACUAAGCGAAGAAGAGAAAAAUAGGCUUGAAGAAUAUGAAGAAUUCAGAGCUAGAUGGACCAUUAUAUGGGCCUUAUCAAAUGCUACACUUGCUUAUUUCUUUGAUUUGAUUGAUUAGCAAGGAUAAAUAAAAUGGCAUUCAGUUCGAGUAAAAUUAGCUUCGCUAAUUUUCUCUCUCCCUCAAGCAAUUUUAUUUAUGGAGUUAGGUUGUCUUCUGGGAACUUCUGUACAGUAAUACCAAUUUAACUCUGGCAGAUAAGCCGAGGCACUGCUCCAAGUACAUCAAGAGGCUAGAAGUUUUAUCUCUCAGCGCACCCGAGGAAGGUGGCCUUUAGGCGGAACACGCGCAGGAGCUGAGUCAAGAAAGGCAGGGCAACGCAGCCCAUCGAAGCCGGAACGCUAUAUUUUGCCUGCGCCAUGGUGCAACAAAGUGGAUCGGUCAGAGGUCCAUGGUCCGACACGUGGACAAACAUGGUGGCAGCCCUCGAAAUGGCUACCCUGUAGUGGACGUAAAACGUAAUAGAUGAUAUAACGAUAACGAUUGAUAAGCAGGGAAAACAAAACAUCUACUAUUGGGCAAUUUACGCUGUUGCAUUUAUAGGCUUAGCCAUUCUUGCUUGCAGGUUUAUAUUUGCAAUGAUUUAUUUGAUUUGGGAAAAUUUCUGCUAUGGCCAUCUAGAAGCAAAUCAAGAAUUGGCUCCAAUCACUAGACCCAGAAAAAGAUUCACUAGAAAAACCGCAAAUGCUCUUGAGAUAAAUAACCUUGAUGAUGGCUCUUUGCUUCCUGAUGGAAAUGGGCUUGGCCUAGGAAAGAAUGGGCUUGGUGAUUAUGGGGGAGCAGGAUAUUUAGGCGGACACAGAGGAAGUCAUAGCGGCUUAUCAGAUACAUUGAAAGGAACAGCAAGUAUGGACAAAAUGAACGACACACUAUUUUUCAAUGAUCAACAAGAUAUUACACAAGUUGAUAUAAAUGCUGAUUAUAUUAAAUCAAUUCGAAGACGAAAGAAUAUCAGCAUUAAAAUGUUAUCUCGUAUGACGAAUAUAAGGAAAUACAGACUCAGAGUUAUAGAAAACGGUAUCGACAAGCCAACGCCAGAUGAAGCUGCUAUUUUACGAACAGAGUUAGCAAAAGCUUAG